AUGGUCUCGUUCACUCUCCUCCUCACGGCCAUCGCCGCUGCGGUGACGACGGCCAGCCCUCUCGAGGUGGUCAAGCGCGGCAUCCAGCCGGGCACGGGCACCCACGAGGGGUACUUCUACUCGUUCUGGACCGACGGCCGUGGCUCGGUCGACUUCAACCCCGGGCCCCGCGGCUCGUACAGCGUCACCUGGAACAACGUCAACAACUGGGUUGGCGGCAAGGGCUGGAACCCGGGCCCGCCGCGCAAGAUUGCGUACAACGGCACCUGGAACAACUACAACGUGAACAGCUACCUCGCCCUGUACGGCUGGACUCGCAACCCGCUGGUCGAGUAUUACAUCGUGGAGGCAUACGGCACGUACAACCCCUCGUCGGGCACGGCGCGGCUGGGCACCAUCGAGGACGACGGCGGCGUGUACGACAUCUACAAGACGACGCGGUACAACCAGCCGUCCAUCGAGGGGACCUCCACCUUCGACCAGUACUGGUCCGUCCGCCGCCAGAAGCGCGUCGGCGGCACUAUCGACACGGGCAAGCACUUUGACGAGUGGAAGCGCCAGGGCAACCUCCAGCUCGGCACCUGGAACUACAUGAUCAUGGCCACCGAGGGCUACCAGAGCUCUGGUUCGGCCACUAUCGAGGUCCGGGAGGCCUAA